AUGACAACGAACGAAGAGUGCACGCGGCUGCGUCAAGAAUUGAAUUCAGUUCGUUCGAUUUAUGAACAAAGAUUGCAGGAUUCCAAUACGAGAUUUAAAAGGUUACAGAGAUUCAGCGAAAAUCAAAAGCAUCAACUAGAAGAAAUUCGGCAAAAUGUGACCCAAGCAGAACAGGAAAAAACUAAAGCCAUAAAUGAUUGUAAAGCGGCAAAUGAGCGAUUAGAUAAGCUACAUUUAGAAUUAGCCUUUAUGGAAAGGAACACACUCGAACAAAUUACGAUUUUACGGUCACAAUUUCAACAGCAAAUAUUCGAAUUACAAAAUGAAUUGCAAUCUGUAAAAAUGAGCGAAUAUCAAUGGAAGAAUAAACUUACAAUAGCAGAUGCAGAGAAGGAGUCACUUAGGGCCCAACUAACCUCGAUGGAAAAUGAUGUAAAACAAUGGCAAAGCUUGAUCAAAACUACAUCGGAUAGUAAGAAUGCGGAAAUAGAUUCUUUAAAUUCGAAAGUCGAAAAUUU